AUGGUGCUGCGACGUGUGUUUUAUUUUCUUGUUUUCCUUUUGAACAUUAUCUGUGUGUGUGGGGCGAUUGGUGUUUCUGGUUCACCUCCACCAGCAGCACCUCCUCCUCGUGCUGAUCAAGAUAACAGUGAUUCUCUUACCAAUGUUGGUCAGGAGACUACUACAUUACGCCCAGGUCCUGAAGAACCUGGGCCAGAUAGUAGUGGAUUGGACGCAGGACGUUCUCAUUCUAAGGAUGUCGAACGUCAACAGGAGGAAGGAGCCAGUGGUAGUGCACUUAAAGCAAAGUCAUCCCAACCCAAUGAAUCUGAGGGUGGCCUUCUUCCUGGUGCAAAACCUGCAAUAAAUACCCUAGGUACAGGGGAUUCCCCACAACGGGGUUCCGAUCACAUCAAUGGGCAAAGUGAACAUAAUCAUCAAGGUGGUAGUAGUGGCAGUGGCAGAACAGAGCCAUCAAAGCCAAGUGCAACGGAUCCUGAACAGAAUAGUGAACUUAAGGACAAAUCAAAUAAGAAUCCUGACACCCUCUCACCCGUUCCAUCUCCCAGUAAACCCAGUGAAAUUCCGACCGCUCCAGAUAGUUCCAGUGAACAGCUGCAGGAUACCACACCUACGGGCACACAAGACUCUACACAAAACGAUCACAGUAAUGAUAAAAGUACUGACAGAACAGGAAAUACAUCAAACCAGGAUGGUACAGCACCACAAUCCUCUACUUCCAGCAAUUCAUCCACAGAGAAUGCUGCUGGAUCUGAUAAUGCAAACGCUGAGAAUGGCACUGCAUCUGAAGCGAGUGGAACAACAAGUAACCACGAAGCUGUUGCAGGUAAUACAAAUGCAACCACCACUACUACUACUGCCACCACCACAACAACACUUCCUCCUGAACUCACAAACAACAAGAAGGGUGAUGCAGACAGCAGCAGCAGUAUCAGCAGUUCUGUGUGGGUGCGUGUACCACUACUGAUUGUGGUUACACUGGCCUGUAUUCUUGUGUGCUGA